AUGGUGUCAGCGGCCGGGGCUAUCACGUCCCCGCUUCUGCACUACGGGACGUGCCAGGAUGUGUACCUCUCGUGCGACUCGUCUGGUAAACAUUACGCUCUGAAGCGAAUCUACCGCGAAGAUCUGGAGCAUUUAAGGCGCUACAGGAAUUCGUCGGGGAGGUUGGUCCGCCAGAGCUGGUUCGCCGACCUCCGUCGAUCCAUCAGCAUCCAGCUGCUGGUCCAGCACGAGCGCUGCGUCCGCUGCGUAUGCGUGAGCGGUUUCGACCUUCAUAUGGAAGAUGAAAGCGCCGUAGGCAACGAGAUAGACCUCGUGCUAGAGUGGUGUGAAUGCGGGAGCCUCAUGGAGUUAGAUAGCUCCGCCAAGAUUCCACACAUACCUCGCGACGUUCUGAGGUGCAUUGCCCAUGACGUGAUUCAAGCGCUCGAUUACUUGGCCAGCAUCAAGGUGGCGCACGGCGACGUGAAGCCAGACAACGUGUUCAUGGAAGCCAGCGGCCGCUGCAAGCUCGGGGACUUUAGCCAAUCUCAGAUGAUGACAAGCGACGGCCAAGUGACCGGUGCUCGUGGUAGCUACUAUUUUCUUGCUCCGGAGAUUGCCUCCAAUGCGUCCGAUUCGUACGACGGUUCAGCCGCUGACAUGUGGGCGUUUGGAUCGUCUCUUUGGAUGCUAUACUUUCGUCGUUACCCCCUGCGUGACCCUCUAUCAGCUCCUAUGGAGCUGCUCGCCAACAUUGCCCAGUUCGACAUCGAUAAUGAGUUGGCCUGUGUUCGCGCUGCAGGGGAGUCGAUAGACCCCGAGUUCGAGAGCUUUAUCCGCGGUGUGCUGUGUAAGGAUCCAAGGAGCCGGUUGAGGCCGCAGGCCGCGCUGAGCCACCCCUGGUUAUCAUCCCCAAACUUUGCGGCUGCCGCGGCGUAUGCCGAAGGCUUACUUUCUGGAAAUGAUGUUGUUUCGGUUUAA